UUGCCGCUAUCUUUUUUUUUUUUUUUUUCAAGUUAUCAUCACUUUUAACAAUGAUAUUUAUUAGAAUGACAAAUAUAGGAUACCGAAAAAAUCACCUUAUUCAAACCUGAACCUAAUUAAUAUUCUAAAAACGAAAUCCGUCAUUAAAAUUUAUACACAUCUAAACUGAAACGUUCAAGCUAGAAAAGCUGGGAAACAAACCGUCUUUUCUUCCACCCAUUGCCGGCCAUCUUAUUAGCAUACUUGCUGAAUGUGGUGGGCAUGCUAACCCAAAACCCUUUUUGAGUCCAUCCCCUUUGGUUAAUAAAUUCUUCAGUGUGUUUUUAUGUAUUUCUGAUAAUUUUGUAUUGUCUGUCUGAAUAUUUCAGCUGAGAUUUGGCAAAGUUAACAAGGAUCUUUGCAACACUAAUGUUUUUGAGCAUUCAGGGAAGUUCUACUCCAUUGCUGAAAAUCAAAUUGCUCAAGAAAUUGACAUCAUUUCCCGUGAAAAUUUGGGCAAUUGGGAUGUCAAUGGAGCUUGGAAACGACCUUUUUCCAGCCACCCAAAGGUUCUUGAUUUGCAAACAUAAUGAAAGUCUAACCAGAAUACGAAAUUUCCCCUCUAAUCAUCCCUUCCCUUCAGUGUUACAGAGAGCCCCAGGUACUGGAGAACUGGUGAUAAUUGCUGUGGAUGCAACAAAAUCUUUCACACAACUUGGAGUAAUUUCAGCUGAUGGUAAAAGAUUACUUCAUAAAGUAGACCUCAAAAUCAAAAGUUACAAUGUGAUGUUGGAUUUUCCACUGACAAUAGACAUAAAUAGACUCAUUAGAGGAGGCCCAUUGCUUAAGUAUGAUAAGACAGAGUAUCCAAGAAUUGGGUUUAUGCCUCGCUAUGGUGGCUCUGAAUCAAUCCUAUGGUUUGAUGUGGAAACCUGUUGCACACUUCACAUUAUCAAUUGUUUUGAGGAUGGUGACGAGGUUAGUAAUAUCAAACAACAUCUGGGUUUUGGGUUUUUAUUAUUGGGCUGUUAUCUGUGAGCGUUAGUGGAAAGGCCAUACCCAUUUGGGUUUUGGAUUUUUUCUUUUUGAAGCUCAUUUGUCAAUUUUCGAAGGAAAAUGGAAUUUAAAACCAAAGCAAGUUAAAAUCUAUUGAUUUUAGCAAUUUUUUAAUGGA